UUCAGCUGUUUGAGUUUUAGAGUAGUCCAAACAGGCCCUAAGUUGAAAGACAAUGGCAAGGAAGUUGUUCGCAAUCUUCUUCAUGCUCCUCAUUGCUUUGGCUUCUCAUGAGAUAGUGCAGCCGACUGAAGCCAGGAUGUGUGAGUCACAAAGCCACAAAUUUCAUGGAGGCUGUGUUAGCAGCCACAACUGUGCUCUGGUUUGCAGGAAUGAAGGGUUCUCCGGUGGCAGAUGCCGUGGCUUCCGACACCGCUGCUUCUGCACCAAGCUUUGUUAGUUGGGAGUUGAAGACAAGACGGUCAACAUGCAUGAGAUGGUGCAGCCAACUGAAGCCAGGCUGUGUGAGUCAAAGAGCCACCAUUUCCAUCAAGCCUGUUUUAGCAGCCACAACUGUGCUAUGGUUUUCAGGAAUGAAGGAUUCUCCGGUGGCAGAUGCCGUGGCUUCCGACGCCGCUGCUUCUGCACCAAGCUUUGUUAGUUGACAGUUAAAAACAAGACGGUCUACAUGCGUACGUUUGGUUUUAAUGGAAUGAUGCUUGUUAGAAUAAAACGUGCGAGAGGAGUUGCUCUUAGCUCGGUCGGCUUGAUAAAUGUUCUCCUUUGAGUUUAGGAAUGAUCUUUGGCUUUGGUUGAUUUGUACCCAUGGAGUGCUUCUUGACUUUUUAAUCUUUGUUUUGUUGUUUGGUUAAGUGAAUGUUAUGUUCCCUUUUCCGUGUUAAUUUUUUUUUUCUUUUGAAAAGCGAGUAUUAAGAUGUUCUAUUAUUUUUUUUUUCACCGUUCAAUUAAUAUUUAAAAAUUUA